UUGACCGUAGGCGUAGUGUAUGGAUGCCAGUUGAUUUUGACUAUUUAUUGAUCAAAGGAAAUUGACCAGACACCCUCCUUUCUUUUCCCUUCUUCCCAAACUCCAUUUCAAAUUCUCAAAAAAAUACAGAGAGAGUAGUGAGACAAAACUUGACAAUGGCUGAUAACAAAAUCCUGAAACACUACAUCAGAAAACGAACCAGAAGAUCAACCGAAGAAGACAGAUUGAGUUCACUUCCAGACGCCAUUCUCACCGACAUUCUCUCGCGCCUCUCAAUCCACUCCGCCGUCACCACCUCCGUCUUAUCCCACCGUUGGCGCCACCUCUGGACCACCAUCACCCGCCUCAAACUCAGUGUUCACGAAACUGACGAAACUAUAAAACCCAACGAUUCCACCACAAUCGACCAUAUCUUAACCCAGAUUACGUCUCCGAAACUCCAAGUUGUCGAUCUCAAUUACUCAACAAUGCUAUUAGAUAUUCCAAGAUUCAGUGCCUCAGAACCAUGGUUCACUGAAAUUUGCCGCCGAAAUGUGGAGGAUUUCACUCUUACUACAGUUGAUGAUUACCCAUUUCGUAUUCCUGCUUGCCUUGUCAAUUCUCAGUCUCUGGUAAGCUUGCAAUUACGUGGGGUGCUUAAAUCGAAGUUGCCUAAAAAUGGGGAUUCAUCUGUUUGUUCAUCUUUUCAUCUCCCUAAUUUGAAGUUACUUUCUUUGUGUACGUUUAAUAGUGUCCCAGAUUGGUUAUCGAAGCUAAUUAGGUCUUGCCCGAUUUUGGAAGAUUUAACUCUGUCGUUCGAUUUGGAUGAUUAUCCCCCACCCUAUUAUUUUGAUAUAGUUGCUCCUAAUUUGGAAACGAUGUGUAUACAUAUGUUUACUUGUGGUGAGAUGCGGCGCACUCGAAUAUCGAUUGAUGCACCUAAAUUGACAGACCUUAAUAUUCAUGAUAGUAUUUCGAUUUAUAGAUUUGUUCGGAAUCCAACUGCAUUAGUUAAAGCGCGUUUGUCCUUGGCAAGAUGGUGUGGAGAGGUGGUUAAUGAAGGAAGUAGUUAUUAUCUUGAGGAGAUGUCUAAGUUUGUUGGUGAAUUUUCUAGUGUUAGCAAUCUUGUGUUGAUGCUCCAAAGCCGUAGCAAUAUAUUUGGUUGCCUUAAUCCCAGGAAUUUGCCAAUAUUUUCUAAUGUGGUGAAUCUAGAAACAAAUUUCUUCAAAGAUUUGGUGUUUUCUUUAGAAUUUUUUCCCAAAUUAGAGCAUCUUGUGGUGAGUAUAUGGUGUCAAGCUGCUGGUCUUCCAAUGGAGCAAAGGUAUUGGUUGCCACCGAAUACUAUACCAGAUUGUUUAUUAAGUAAGCUCAAGACUAUAAAAAUAAAGGGACUACAGGCAGUUGGCGAUGAUCUGAGGCUGCUAGCGUACAUUUUGAGUAAUGCUUAUGUUUUGGAAAAGCUUUGCAUAGAUGUUCGUAUGAUGGAUGUGGUUAAAGCUAAAAAUGAUCGUGAAGCAGCACAUAUACUGUGGAAGGAAGGUCAGUUCUGUAGGUCAUUGUUUAAGCUUUUAAGGAGGUCCUCAACAUGUGAGAUUGUGGUUUCUGGAAGGUCUGUCAAUGCAUUUGGGAAUGCUUUACAAGACGGAUACCUUACCUGUCAAAUGUAUGUGGGCAAAUAGACCUAAUAUGUGCAACUUGUUUUCCAAAUGCAAGCAUUCAAGCUUAUGGGUUGCAGGUAUUUAUUACUAAGUUCCUAUUAAUUAUUGGUGUAUGCAUAUAGUUUUGUUUAGGCUUAACAAUGUUUUUUGAAAUGCUGGACAUGUAUCAAUGUAUUAUUGCCUUGCAAUGCAUUGGUCUUUUUCGUUGAAUUUAUUAGUAAAAUUCCAGCCUUUUCACUUCUCUAUAUGUCUAUGGUGAAUCUUUGAUUUAUUAAUGCUUUAA